GAGCUAGAAAGACUUCUGUAGUCCUUUAGCUCUGUAACAAACACUUCUGCGUCUGUAGCAUGCAGCAGGGGGCUUAGUUUCGUUUUCCGGAAAGGGGCGGAGCCAAACUUCCUCUGACGUCAUAUCCCACGGGGGAGUAAAAAGUGAGGCAGUUAAAAUUAACGGAGCAAGCAGCGGAUAGCGGUAAUACCACCUGGUGUCCGAUAGUUACAGUUGAAGAUGUUGCGCUGCAUGGUCAUCCUCUCUGUGCUUCUCAUGACUGCAGCAAAUGUCCGAGCACAAUGUGAGAUACCUGUCGUUGGGGAAAACCGGAUUUUAACUGAUGAAUCAAACAAACCACCUUUUCUUGAUGGCUCCACUGUAAAGUUCAAAUGUGCCACUGGAUAUUUGCCAGCGAGAUCAUCGGCCUCCAGAACAAUCACCUGCACCGGAACCCAGUGGAGCGACCUUGAACUUCAGUGCAAGAAGAGAUCUUGUGGAAAUCCUGGUGAGAUUUCCAAUGGAAAGUAUCUCAUUCCAGACGGAAUUGUGUUUGGCGCAACCAUUACAGCAGUGUGUAAUGAAGGUUAUCAGCUUCUUGGAGCAAAAGAUAGAAAUUGCAGAGAACAAGGUUGGGAUGGGAGACCUCCUGUAUGUGAAGUGGUCAAGUGUAAGGCCCCUCCGCCUAUAGAGAAUGGAACAUUUUACCCAGACCAGGAAUUUUAUGGGUAUGAAGAAGCAGUCACAUACUCUUGUAAAAGAGGUCUUGAUCUUAUUGGACCUUCAGUAAUAACAUGCUCCAGUGAUGGAAGUUUUCAGCCUCCUCCUCCUAAGUGUCUGUUGGUGACCUGUGAAAGUCCACAAAUUUCUAAUGCAGUGAGAGUUGAAGGAAAAUCACCACCUUAUAAACAUAGGCAUUUUGUCCGGUACCAGUGUAAUAAAGGCUACAGAAUGGAAGGGGAUGACAAACUGAUCUGUACAGAAAAAGGAUGGGAUCCACCUCCUCCUCAGUGUGCUGUUAUAACAUGCCCAAAACCUCCUGCUAUAAACAAUGGACAGUUUGCCCCCCUGAAGGAGUUCUAUGAAUAUGGACAAACAGUCACAUACUCUUGUAAUCAAGGUUUUAGAGUUACUCAACCUUCAACAACAUCAUGUACAGAUGAUGGAACAUUUAAAACUGCUCCUCAGUGUCUGGUUAAAACAUGCCCAAAACCUCCUGCUAUAAACAAUGGACAGUUUGCCCCCCUGAAGGAGUUCUAUGAAUAUGGACAAACAGUCACAUACUCUUGUAAUCAAGGUUUUAGAGUUACUCAACCUUCAACAAUAUCAUGUACACAUGAUGGAACAUUUGAGACUGCUCCUCAGUGUCUGGUUACAACAUGCCCAAAACCUCCUGCUAUAAACAAUGGACAGUUUGCCCCUCUGAAGGAGUUCUAUGAAUAUGGACAAACAGUCACAUACUCUUGUAAUCAAGGUUUUAAUGUUACUGAACCUUCAACAAUAUCCUGUACAGAUGAUGGAACAUUUGAGACUGCUCCUCAGUGUCUGGAUGACCGCACAUGGAGGAUCCUUCUAAUUAUCAUAAUCAUCCUAAUCAUACUGCGUAAGUAUGACCUUUUCUCCAUCUAAAUCUGUCUAUUGUAAAGCAUUUUCUAGCAGGGCAGCAACACACACAGAAGCGGCGUUAUGCUAAAAUAGUUGAAACUUUAUUUACACACAGUCAGUGUCCUUGUAUUAACUGCAUGAAUAGUGCGUGAGGGGGGCUUAUUCAUGCAGGGAGAGGCAUAGUCACCUUUAGAGUGAAAGCAGUAGCAGCGAGCGGUCACAGAAAAUACGGCCACGUUUGGGUGAACAAGACCGGCGACUCAGGUCACUUUUUAUCCAAAACAUCAGGUCUCCUUUUUAGUCAGUCUCUGACUCCAGCAUGGUGAACGAUAUAACUGACCUUGGUGAUAAAUGUGCCACAAGUUUUGGUUGUGUGAGAAAUUGUCACAGAAUAUAAGGUGCUGGCCCUCGGCCCGCUCUCUGAGCACCCCAGCUUCGAGCACAUCCUGGGAUCUGAGAACAAGUCAUGGCUCCAAGAAAGGCUGUCGGUGUUGACAUUUUGUGUCCCGGCUCUGUGUUGAAUGGAAAAGGAGUGGUCCUGGAUUGACAGGCUUAACCCCGUUUCGGCUGCCCUCUGCCAUAACAUCUGCCCUCUGCCAUAACAUCCUCUUGAGAGUCUAGUUAAAGCACUCGACCAAGCCGUCGGUUUGGGAAUAUUAAAUUUUGUUUUACCUGCAACAGCUGACACACAUCGGCAUUGAUUUAGAUAUAAAUGCGGUUCCAGGAUCUGUGAGGACCUACUUGGGCAGUCUUGCUCUGCUUAAAAGGAGUAUGAGCCUCCACGUAGUGUUUUUGUAGGUGGCCUUUUAGAGCGGGAUUCCUUCUGGAUAUCUUGUUGCAUAGUUGGAUUUGGGGAGAGGACCACCAAGGUCUAUCCCGAUCCUUUCAAAUGCCACUCCUGUAAUAGACAGUGGGAUAAGUGGGGCAGACCUAGUUUCUUUUGGGUCUUCAGAGCACCUCUUGCAGAUGUUUUUUUUUUUUACCUUGGCGUCCAGUCUGGGCCAGUGUUCGAUGGUUUUAUGGUGUUAAGUCGAGGUGGCUGCCCAGAGGAUGUGUGUGUGUAAUCCAGGUGCAUUAUGGUGUCUACCUUGCUCUGGGGAACAACCAAGAAAGUCUUGAGGCUCACCUCUCCUUUCAGUGUACAUUAAUGUAAAGCACAGUGAUAAUACUGUCUUUAAGCUUUAAACUAUUUUUUCACCUAAAAUUCUUUUCUCUUUUUCCAGUUGUUGUUGCUGUUGUUGCUGUUUAUGGGUGGAUGGAAACCAGUAAACGUAAAAAACAUAAAGCAGCUUCCAUCCCUGAGAACUGUUCUCUGGUCAAUAUGUUGCCCAGCAGUCCGGCGACAGAGGAAACUCAACCUCAACGUAUCAAAGAUCUUCCCAUUCAAACAGAAAAAUAUGACGACAAGUUUUAACAUUCAGUUCAACCUUUAUUCGUUACACAUACAUUUCUGCACAAUAAAAUUCUUUAUUCUUCACAUAUCCCAGCUUAUUGUUAGUCAGCAGGGGUCAGAGCGCAGGGUCAAUCAUUUUAUGGCAACCUGGUGAAGCUGGGGCUCGAACCGCUGUUAUUUCGAUCUGUAACUCAGAGCCUUAACACACUGAGCCACCACUACCUCUGAGUAAAAUUUGUAUGAGUCACCAAACAACUUGCUUUACAUUACUGAAUAGCUUUAUCAUUUAUCUACAAAGAAAAUGUCUGCUUAAAUUCUAAGCAAAGUCUGCUCUACUCUGCAAAGCACUUUUGUAUUAUGACCACAGCUGAAUUAUGUGAUUUUUAAUGUAUGUUUUUUUUUGCAUCAUAUUUGCACUAAUUUUCUAAAUAAAAUAUUUAAUGAAGCAUGUGUGAACAUUAUAGAUUGAAAAUAGAUCCUUUUAGAGCUUCUGUCAUAAUUAUGAUAUGGUGUUCUUUCGAGGAAAAAACUAAAACUUUUGAGGCAUCAGCUACCAAAAAGGUCAUCAUACUGUAUUGUUGGGUGCCAAAUUUGGAGAAGUCAUAACUUUUAAGUUUCAUUGCAUACCAGAACGAUCAUAUAAAAGACUUUGAAAUUACAAAAGAUUUAACCAAUAAAUUGGAGUUUCUUACACACACAAUUAUCAAUAUGUGUUGUAAAAUAAAAAAUAGACAUUUUUAGCAUACCUAGAUGCUUGAUUUCACUAUCAAAUAACUUUGUGUCACAAAUACUUCCUCCACUGAGUGAAAUAGUAUGUGUAUAAUAAAUAAAUC